CGUUGGGCCACUGCCGCGAUCUGUGCCUUUUAUUUUUUUCUGCUGGGGGAACUCGCAGCGUCGAAAGAGGCGCACAUUAGCAGUUAGUAUAUUCUAUUGUCUCCCAUUUUCGAAGCUCUGGCUCCUCCCGUCAAAAGAAGACUGUUUGCUGAUCAAUCUAUGGGGACUGUUGAUAAAGUUGUGGAAAUUGAUAGCUUGGAAAAGGGUUUAUUGUUGGAAUCGCGGGGCGGUGCUUCUGGUGAAGAUACUGAAUCUAAUGAUGACACAGUACUUUAUACGGCAUCAUUUGAAGAGAUGGAAGAGAAAUUUAUCAAGUACCAAACUGUUCAAUGGGUUAUGUACUCAUUGCUGCUAAUAUUGGCUUGGGGUAUUGGGUUAUUCAUGCUUCUGUAUCUUCCUGUACGGAGAUAUAUCUUGCGGAAAGAUAUUCGGUCCAGAAAACUAUAUCUCACUCCUAAUGCCAUUGUAUACAAAGUUACAAAACCAGUAGCAUUUCCUUGUUUUGGGGUGUUAAAGAAAGAGAAGCAUGUUUUAUUACCUUCAGUCGCAGACGUCAUAAUUGAGCAAGGAUAUUUACAGUCUCUUUUUGGCAUCUACUCUCUGAGAAUUGAGAAUGUUGGUGUAAGAAGGCCACCAAGUGAUGAUGUUCAAAUUCAAGGCAUUGCAAAUCCAAGUGCUUUCAAGAAGGCAGUGUUGACUCGGCUAUCGAACAUGAGAAGUGAGCUUGGGUCUAGACGAGUUUCCACAAUUGAAGACAUUCCUAGUUUGAGGAUAGGUCACCCAUCAUCCCCUUGGGGUCUUCAAUUCAUAAACUUCUUCCUGAUGUUGUUGCAGAUGUCUCCAUCAAAAUCUCUCAGGCAUGAUUUGAUUCCUAAUUCGGGGGGCCUAAUGCUACUACAGAAACUAGAGGAAGUCGGAAAUUCUGUGAAGAGAGUUCAAACUUUAAUUGAGGAGCAGCACUCUCAAUCAUAAGAACCAAUUGAUUAAAGGUUAGUGCAUUUGUAGUUUUAUUUUCCCUUCCAUUGGAAUUUUCUCUUUGCUUAUAGGGGAUAGCUUUUUUUUCAAAUUCCAAUGUCAAAUAGUCCAUAGUUGGGAGAAUUUAAUCUGUUAACAAAAUAUUAAAUUCCCUCGGCUGUAAAUUGCCGGUUUGACCUAUUUAUCAUUCCUACUGCAUGGUAGUGGCUACCAAGGAGGCAUUGCUACUAAAGUUCAACUUGCUUAAUGCAAAGGGUUUUGGCAAGUAAGCUCAAGUACCAAACAGCCCAAUGGGUUAUGUAUCACUUAAAAAAAAAAUAGGUGACUACCAAAUGAUAAUGCAUAUGUGAUUUUGUUCUGCAGGAUACAAUCUUGAGUCAUAAUAUUAGAACAAACCAUUUUGCUGAAGUGGUUAUGAAACCUGAUAAAAGAAAUCCAGGAGUGAUAAUUUUCUCUAAUGGUAUAUAAAUUGAUGAGUCAAGUUCAAGUGAGAUAUUUUGUACUCGUCUGAAUUUACUUUUGGAGGUCAAAGUUGGUUCUACUCAAUACUAUAUAUUGUUGGUUGCAUCCGAUGAAUUGGUUCAUGUUUGUUGGUCCUGAAGUGUAAACAUUUCAUUUGAGUGAUGGUUAUGGCCCUCUUUAGGGAAAAUUACAUAAAUGGUAGCUUAAAUUCUUUUCAUCUUUAA